AUGGAUAGUUGCAGAGCCUUCAGGCCUCGGGGUCUGGUUUCGGUGUUGGGUUGGAUACAGCAGCACGACCCGUGCAUGCCAUCGGAAUCCAGCAGCCACCUAGCCUUGCAGGUGCUGCAUGAGAACGGCAGCAGAGGCCGUGUUGAGGUCGGCUUUGAUGCUGUUGAGCGAGAUCUCCAAAGCAUCCAGGACCUGGCGCCCGUCGCCGCCAGCAGCAUCCGCACCGCUUUGGCCAGCCAAUCGAAGAUAACGGAAUGCUGCCGAGCCGCCAAUCUCCGAAGGCCGGAGCCCUGGGUGCCAUUGGUCAUGAUCGGUGCCAGUGCUCCUUGCUGGCAAAGCUGCACUGCCAGCUUGCUGGGCAAACUGAAGCUUCAGUGCUGCUUUCUCUUUCUGAAACUGGGCCAGGACAUCCUCCAGGGCUUGGCCCUGUUCCUCCGGGAUUUGGGGCUCCUGCAGGGCUUCAUCCUGUGGCUUUACCGGGUCUUGCUGGGUUUGCGGCGCCUUCUUGCCACCACGGCCCCUGCCACCCUUGCCACGUCCUCCACCGUUUGUGGGCUGAACAGCAGGUUCUACCACCUCCGAAACAGCCUGGCUUGCACCUUCUGGGUGUACCGGCUCGUCCUCGACCUGCUGGACCUUCUUGCCACGACCCCUGCCACCCUUGCCACGUCCACGACCCUUUGUGGGCUGAACAGGUUCUGCCACCUCCGGACAAACCUUGCUUGGAUCCGCUGA